UCACCAUCCAGCACAACCUCCCUCUGCUCAACUCAUCUAGAACAAAGGAAUCCCCAUCUCUUCCUUAUUCCUUUAUCCUAACAAGGGGCACCCCCAUCCCACACUCUUUUCACUACAAUGGUUAACGCUAUAGCUACUCUCUUAUUCACUCAAAGUUAUCUACCAGGGGCUUUGGUCUUGGGAAAGACUUUGAAACAGUUUGGUUUACCAAAUGAUGUUAAAUUGGUGGUUUUAUUGGCAACUUCAUUGACUGAUUAUGAAAUGGAUCAAUUGAAAAACGUUUAUGAUGAGAUAUUAGAAACGGAUUUAAUCCAUUCAAACUCUACACAUGAAUUAUCUUUAUUGAAAAGACCUGAAUUAAAACCAACCUUCUCCAAAAUCAACUUGUUCAAACUAACCCAAUUUGAAAAAUUAUUAUAUCUAGAUGCGGAUACAUUACCAUUAUCAAACUUAUCCAAUCUUUUCCAAAUGGCAAUCUCACCAACCCAAAUCGUUGCAUCCCCGGAUUCAGGAUGGCCAGACAUUUUCAAUUCAGGUGUUUUCCUAAUCUCACCAUCCCUAGAAACCUAUUCCAACCUGUUUGAAAAAACUCAAUCAUUGAACCCAUCUUUUGAUGGUGCUGACCAAGGAUUACUAAACCAAUAUUUCCAAAAUGAAAACUGGAUCAAAUUACCAUUCUUAUACAACGUCACACCUUCAGGUCAAUACCAAUAUGAACCCGCAUACAAAUACUUCCAAAAUGAUAUCAAGUUAUUACACUUCAUAGGCUCCUCAAAACCAUGGAACUCUGGAGACAGAUCAGAUGGUGAGAAAUGGAGAUGGUGGAGGAAAUUCCAUGAAUUUUACGGAAAUGAUGCAGAUAUUCAACAAGUUAUUCAUGGGAUAAAACCUAGGUAUUACAUCGAGCCUGUUCCAACUGCCCCAAUCAUUGAACAACACAUUGAACCUAUUGUGGAGCCAGAGAUUGAACACGUUAAAUCUUCAUUAGACCAAGCGAAUGAAGUUUUAACAAAUCCUCAAUCUUUUGAAGUCUUCGAAACUGUGCAGAUUGAUCAACACCAUUGGGACCCGGCAAGGGAAGAACCUCCUGUUGAUGGACAGCCUGAGGCUUUCAACUUCCCAGCUUUGGAUCAGUAUGUUAAUGAGUGGGAUAAAGAGCAAGAGCACCAUGACGAGCCCCAACACCACGAGGAGCCUCAACAAGAACAUGGAGAACACCAGGAGCACCAAGAACAUUAUGAUGAGCCAUUAGUCUAUGAACCAGAGGAAUAUUUCAAACCACCUCCUAUCUUCCCCUGGGAAUUCCAUCAAGAUUCAAAACCUGAACGUUCAUUUUCAAAUAAUUUUGAUUAUUCAUUUGAUAAUCCAUGGCAAGAUUUACCAAUCCUGAACAAGAUCUCCACCAAGACUAAACAAGUCCAGGAAUUUGAAAAAAAAACCAAGAUUGAACAAGCAAAGAAAAGAGCUGAAUCAUUAGCAAAAGAACAAGAAAUUGAGGAUGUUCGAAGAAGGGCAGAAUUGCAAAGACUUGAACAACCCUUGGAGUCCAUAACCACCAUUCCACAGAAUGACCCAGCACAGGAUGCAAUUGAGCAAGAGAUUAAAGAUGAUCAAGAAUUCGACACCUUGACAAAAGACAUCCAGCCAAUCUUCACCGAACCUGAUUUCAACACAUCACAAAUGACAAGUCCUGGUCAAAAUCCAAGGGGUCUUGAUGAGGGAGAUGAACCCUCUGAUGAGGGUCCGGAUCAGGGAAUAGAUCAUCACUUUGAGAAGGAUGGAGAAUGAUCCUAAUAAAACUCUAGAAAGGUCCAUUUUGGAAAUAGUUAAUUUGCUAAUAAUUUAAAAGAACUGUGCACUAGAUAUAGAAAUAUUAUACUGUCAUAUGCCAAAGAAUUUGUUUAUUGAAUUAAAUAUACAUGCAAAAGAAGUUGAUUUAUAUAAACUUGAAAUGAAGUUAAUAUUCUGUUGUAAAUUGUAUGAGACCUUAUGCUCAUCGCGCCUUCCUGAUUCGGGUUGAUUUCCGUUUUGGGUGAGUUUGGUGAGUUGUUUGAUUAAAACAUUUAAUUUCUAUAAAGA